AUGACCCGAGGAAGGCAGUCUCAGGGGCGUAAGCCCCAACAAACAGACAUACCCCCUGAGGGUGAUGAAGUAGACCUUGGUGAUGACAGGAAUCCAUCCACUUCUCCGAGGCGUGAGACGCCUGAUGCAGAUAUCAAGGCGAUGUUGACACAAUUGACUGCUAGUGUUUCAGCUCUUAUGCAGAACCAGGCAGAACAGGGUCGCAGACUCGACGCAUUGUCCCAAUUGGCACCUCGAGACGCCCCUGAACCAAUUUAUCCUUCACUGAGUGCGGAGGACCGAACGGACGAUCCCAACCCGCGGAUCGACGAUUUACAGACCCCGAUCGCAGUCGACCGGGAAGAAGCUCUCAUCGAGAGAGAGCUACAGAAGCUACGGCGUAGCAUCAAAGACCUUUGGGAGCACAAACCCACGACCCUCACCAUGCACAACUUCACUGCGUGGAAGACGAAUACUCUCAGUGAUGCGUCUUUAAUUGACAUUCACGAUGUCUCUUCUUACAGCAUUUUGUUUAAGGGACAACAACAUCCUCCGAACUCCUACUCUAGAUUGCAGCGAGCAAUCUGGACCGCGAUCAACGAUGCCUUACACGCCCGAAUCCUCAAAUCCCUUAGUGUGGAAAUACGGAAGAUCAUGCCACCGCAACGGACCAAGAAUGCCGCGGCCUUAUGGGAAUCCGUGGUGACUGGUUUUGGCAUCACGAAAGCCCAAGAACGCUAUAAUCUUCUUCGCGACGUGUGUGCGUUGAAGCUUGACGGAUCGGAUUACAUGUCCCACCAAGCCCAGUGGCUGACCUACAUGGCGGCGCUGGACGACCUUGAUGUCACAGUCGAUGACAUUAAGCAUGAUUUGUUUAUCUUGAGCCUUGGGAACUGGCAGUCACAGUUCAUCAAGACGAGGCUAGACGAGUUCUUUGCGUCCGGAGGAAAUGGAGAACCGAUUGUCAACCUAGACAUCAGACAAUUGAUGCGAGCGCUUCAGUAUCGUGCUAUCACGCAGGGACUGAAGAAGAAAGACCCGGUCUCCACCCCGAAGGGAUCGACAUCCACAUCGAAUUCUGAAAGGCCGAAAUCGUUGGAGAAAUCGGACUCUGACCGACCUUCGAAGUCGCGCUGCGACUACUGUCAGGCUCCGAAAGCGAUACAUGAUGCUUCUCGCUGCUGGUCUAAGAACCCUGAGAAGGCGCCAAUGCACUGGUUGAAAGACAACGCUGAUUUGGUCCGCCGAAUACGUGGGCGCAACGGGGAUCCAAUUCCUGAUAUUCCUGGCCUUAUAGUUGAGCCGCAGGCACAAGCCAAGGCUGCAAUUUCCAGUAGCAACAAUAACGGUCGCCAGUCUACUGAUUGGUAUUUCGACACGUGCGCAAGUCGUCAUGUAGUAUCAGACCGAGAACUUUUUACCUCCUAUGCUCCGCUCAAGAGCAGUGAGGGAAUCGGAUCAAUCUGGGGGGACAAGAAACGUGCCAUUGGUGUUGGAACAGUCAAUAUGAAGCUAAAUGGCCUUACUGUCACUCUAAAAGACGUCCGCCAUAUUCCUGGAGCAGAUUCCAACCUUGUGUCCGAGGCGCUUCUGCAUGAUCAGGGAUUCAUUAUUCACAAGAAUUCAACACCUCCAUUCCACUACGUCUUGAAGGACCCAUCGAACCAGCGAUUCUUUGCCGCUCGAAACUCGAGCGAUGUUUACACAUUCACCGCCGAUGAACCAUUCGAGUUCUCCACUCAGGCCUUCCGAACCCCGCUGAUUCACAUUUGA